CAUUGCGAUUCCCUCCUCACCUCUCUUGCUUGCAGCUUCACUCCCUCCCCUUCGCCACCCACAGCCCUUCUUCCCAUGCUAACCUCCCACAGUGGCCAAUAAAUCCUGCAAAACCCCACCACAGUCCUCCCUCCCAUACCCUUCCAAGAACCAAAGAAGACCACAUCAAUAAAGCAGACAGAGAUGGCUUCCGUCCCUGGAGCUCAAUCUCUCCCCCUGCUCCUCUUCUUCCUCCUCCUGGUUGCUUCUUUCUCCCGCUUUCCAUGCUCAGCUGAUGCGGUGACCGGGCCGACGGCGUCGAUAAAUCCGGUGUCGGCGGUGCCGGGGCUGCGGCCGGUGCUGAUCGACGAGGCCAAGCGGCGCCGACUCGGUAACUUCCAGAUAUGUGCCCUCUGCACCUGCUGUGGAGGCCCCAGGGGGCUCUGCCUCCCGUCUCCCUGCUGCUACACCAUCAACUGCAACAUCCCCAACAGGCCCUUUGGCUUCUGCUCCUUCACCCCGAGGACAUGCAACUGUUUUGGGUGCCACCUCUGAGAAGAAAGACUGUUCCUUUUCUUCCCUUCUUACCUUCUUAUUUGAGCUUCUGCUUUUACUGGUAUUGUUUCUCAAAUGUCAAAU